AUGUCCUCCCCUCGUGCUGCGUCUCCCACCCCGGCAGGCGCCGCCUCCGGUGCUAGCAUCAACCGCGCCUCAUCGUCCUCGCCGCCGCCGCCGCCGGGCGGUGCGCGCACGCAGAUCCGCCGCCGCGCCGCGGCCGACCAGAAGGAGAAGGUUGCUAACUCCCGGCCCACCAGCACGCGGGCGGCCGGUGCCGGUGGCAGCAGCAGCACGAUGCUGCGGCUGUACACGGACGAGUCGCCCGGUCUCAAGGUCGAUCCCGUCGUUGUGCUGGUGCUGUCGCUUGUCUUCAUCUUCUCUGUGGUGGCCCUACACAUCAUUGCGAAGAUCACGCGGCGGUUCUCCAGCUAA